AUGCCUGACCAGAUUCGCCAAUGGUGCUGCCAGUUGGCCAGCGCACACCGCAAACCCGGGCCAGUCCAUCCAUCCCCACCACCGGCAGCCCAAAAAAUAGAUUCUAUCACAGAGGUAGAAAAGCAAAAAGAGACGUCCCCGGGAAGGCUCGAACUUCCAACCUCUCGAUUAACAGUCGAACGCGCUAGCCAAUUGCGCCACGGAGACGUGCUUGUUGAAACAUCGGGCUGA